GUGAUCAAAGAAAAGGACACUCAAAAGCUGAAGAUGUGCAAGACCGUACCCAAGGCCAGAAUAAGAAGUGCAAGCGAUGUGAUGGAGAAGUUGAGCUCAUUGCAGGAACUGCAGCACCCACAUAUCUCCAGCAUCACAGACUUGAUGGAGGACGACAAGAACUACUACAUCAUCAGUGACUACUACAUGGGUGGGGAUGUCCAGGAUUGGCUGGAGCGAAUGGAUGAAGGCAACUGGCUUCAAGAAGCCACCUGCGCAGCCUAUGUGCGCCAGGCACUCCUUGCAUUGAGCCAUAGUCAUUCUGCGCAGGUCUUCCAUCGUGACAUGAAGCCCAGCAGUCUUCUACUAACCACCAAGCUGCCAGACGCAGUGAUCAAGGUGGUAGACUUUGGCAUUGCCGGAAUCCUGGAUCCUGAUAAUUCGAUAAUUCAAAGCAACCCAAGCGAGUACACAGUUCCAGAGGUUAUGAAGUCCUCCGAGCAGAAAGGUGGAUCCGCUGACAUGUGGAGUGUGGGUGCUAUUGCCCAUGCAUUGUUGGUGGGCAACCACGCCAGCGUCAGUUCCAGGAAAUCUUGGAGCUUUAUCAAGGAAGAUGAAGGUUGGAGCGAGCGGAGCUCCCUGGCCAGAGACUUUGUCCUGCGCCUGCUGAGGCCCGCACAUGAGCGGCCCACAGCCGCCAAAGCACUCCACCAUCCCUGGAUCAAGGGGAUGAUGCCGAUCAAUACAAUCAAUGCGAACCAGAGCAACACAAAAGAAGCCAGGGAGCUUCGGUACAAGAUGCUGUGCUAUGCACUGAGCAUGAUUCUUCUUCCGGCUGUAGUGCCUCAUCGAGACUUUGAUCAGCUACGUGUGGCCUUUCAACAGAACGACAUCGACCACGACGGCUACAUUCCAAGGGCCAUUGGCUUGAGGCUUCUUCUGAGCCGGUGCCAACUGAAUGAGGCUGUUGUUCCAGCUCUGAACAUCGUGGACCUGGGCCGCUCAGACACGUGUGACCUUGCUGCGAUCGCCACAGCUGACUUGAUUGCCAGAGAGUUCUUUGCCGCUGGACCAACCAAUGCGCCUUUGGUUGGCCCGUUUGGGGCAACUGACUUGGCACCUCGAUUGCUGAAGCGUUUCUUCGAGAUAUUUGCGGAGAAGCGGAACGGUGUGCCAAGCGCAGCUGUGCAGCUGCAUGCCAUUAGGGCAAAGCUUCGAACUGCAACGGCCAAAGAUGUGGAGGCAUACGCCAAGAUUAACUAUGACGAGUUGCUGUCCUGCCUUCCAGAGGAUACAGGAAUCGAUAGCAAUGUUCUGACUGCACAGCUCUCCGCGAGUGCUGGACGCGGAACGCCUCUUGGCACAGACCAGGAGCUGUCACCUUUGAGGGCUGACUCGCCCUGGGAACUGCCAGCUUUCCUGGACCUCUUCGGCAUCUUUUAUACAUGUAGUUCGUCCAAACGUGAUGACUCACCUGGCUCUAUUCGCAUGUAUUGAUUUGGCGACCCAAUGACCGUCGCCCAAAUUCGGUUGCAAACCGUUUGCACGCGUUGCACGGAACCGGUCCGGUGCUCAAGCCGGCAAGCAGUCGAAAAAUGAGGGGCACAAGAAAUCAGCCAGCC